ACAUCGAGAAUUGGAAAGUUGUAGAAAAUUAUGAUUUCCUUCGAUACUUCUAUUGUAGGAAAAUUAAUUCAAGAUCGGUCGAAGAAUACUUUUCAAAAUACUUUUUGAUUUAGGACACCUUAUAUAUUCAAGCUCCUAGCAACGCUCAACACGCUCAACACGCCACACACAAUUUUCUUACGCAUGUGCAAUAGCAUGCAAAUUCUUGCAUAUCCAUCAGUAUUUAUUCAUAUGUUUCAGUUAGUUCUAACACAAGACUUUCUUUUCUCACGCACCUCGCUAUUUCUCGCUAUGUAACAAUUAUUGUCUGUUAAACGAGAGUAAUGUCACACUCAAUAUUACUUGUAAAAUUGCAGCAAUAAUAUUUGUUACGUGCUACGCUUCACUUUCUUUAUGUUUGAAUAGCCCAAUCACGUCUUCUUCCUGUCAUCAUUGACAGUCUGUGAUUGGUUGAGUCAAGUGCUCACAUGAUUGACCAGCUGAGGUCCUGGAUGCUGCCUGGACGAUGAAAUAUGCAUGUCUCUCGUUUAUAGUUGUUCAAAUUUUUUGAGAGAAAACAGUUUUCGGUUUCGUCCAAGAAAUAAGAAUAAGAAGUAGAAGAGUAGUAGAUGUGAAGCUGCUGAAGACUAAAAGUAUUCUGCAUUAUAAGCUUUUGAUAUGUCGAAGCAAGGAAAAGACAAGUGGGAUCCCCAUGAUCCUUCUGAACCAUCUACUAGUGGGUAUCGUAAACCUUACUCGAGAUCUUCAGAACACGAAAGAAGACAUUCAUCAGGGAAAAAAAAAGAUAAACUAAAAUCUGUCUCUAAGAUAUCUGAAAGUGAGUAUGAUACUGAUGCAAGUACAUCUACUUAUUCAAGACAAUAUGGUUCAGAACAAACGGAAAUUAAAUCUGAGCCAAUGGAAGUUAAAUCUGAACCAGUGGAAGUUAAAUCCGAAUCAAUGGAUAUUAAAUCUGAAGAUGGAAGUGGAGAUGCUAAAUUGAAAAGUGAGGACACUGCAUCAACACAAGGUCGAAAAAGAGAAACUAUUUUUGUCAGCAGGCCAAAAUCUUUAGUAAAUAAGAAAGGAACGUCAGGAAAACAAAUAUUAGUACAAUCAAAUCACUUUAAGCUACCCACAGUACCUGAUUGGAAUCUUUAUAUGUUUCGAAUCGAUUUUGAACCGGACGAAACUCGUACAGUCGUUCGCAAAGGCUUGCUGAAGCUUCAUAAAGAAAAAAUUGGUCCAUAUAUCUUUGACGGUACCGUUUUGUACACGGUCACGGAAUUACCGGACAAAAUGGAACUGAUAUCAACUAGAAAGUCUGAUAACGCACAUAUUAAAAUUACUAUACGGUUCGUUGGAAGCGUGUUGCGGGAAGACCCGCACUAUAUUGUAUUUUUCAAUAUAGUGAUGAGGAAAUGUCUGGAGUAUUUGCAGUUACAACUGGUGGGCCGCAAUUAUUACGACGCUAAAAAUAAAGUAAGCAUACGUCAAUUUAAAUUGGAACUAUGGCCUGGUUACGUUACGGCCAUCAGACAAUAUGAGCGCGAUUUCAUGAUGUGCGUUGAGAUAUCGCAUAAAGUAUUGCGUCAAGAAACAUUAAUGCAUAUAUUAACUGAGAGCUACGGCAGUCACGAUUUUAGGCUUGCUUUCUCGAAUACUGUAAUCGGAAUGACAGUACUUACGGAUUAUAAUAAUCAUACGUAUCGCGUUGAGGAUGUCGAUUUUGAUGUAAGCCCUUCGUCGAAAUUUCCCAUGAAAUCUGGAGAGGAAAUAUCUUAUUUGGAAUACUACUGGACGAAAUAUAAAAUUAGAAUAACGAAUCCUACACAGCCAUUGCUGGUGACGAGAACAAAACCGAAAGUAAAAAAUUUGGGUAAAGGAGACCUUGUUUAUCUCAUUCCCGAAUUAUGCCGUCCUAUAGGUUUAACUGAGAAAAUGAAAGAACAGUUUCAUCUUAUGAGAGAGUUGGCUACACAUACUCGACUCUCACCCGAAACUCGUAUUGACAAACUGAUGAGGUUCAAUGACAGACUUCGUAGAGAAGACAAAGUUAUGCAGGAAUUGAAUGACUGGCAUAUGAAAUUGGAUAGAGCCUUGGUCGAAGUUCCUGCUCGCAUAUUGCCUUCCGAAAAGCUCAUAUUUGGCAGAAAUGUUGCAAUUAAUACUGGACAAGGCGAUUGGACGAGGGAUAUGCAAAGGGCACCUUUAUUACUGUGCAAAGAAUUAAGAAAUUGGGUAAUAAUUGUGAAUAACCGAGCUCAAUACAAUGUACAGGGUUUUCUGGAUAAAUUGUUUCGGGUGUCGAACGGAUUGUCAUUUCGAAUUGAACAUCCACAAGUAUGCACGUUGAACGAAGAUUCAGCGGGCACGUAUAUCGAUUGUCUUGAGCGCAUUCUUAGCAAGAAUAUUCCGGAUUUGGUGUUCUGCGUCGUGAGCAAUAAUCGCAGCGAUCGUUAUGCAGCUAUUAAGAAGAAGUGCUGCAUAGAUAGACCCGUCCCGUCGCAGAUUAUUUUACAAAAGAACUUGGACGGUAAAAAUGCUAUGACUAUCGCUACGAAAAUAGCGAUACAGAUGAACUGUAAGUUAGGCGGAGCUCCUUGGCAAAUUGACAUGCCGUGUAGAGGACUAAUGGCUAUCGGCUUCGACGUAUGUCGUGAUUCGAACGUUAAGGGCAAAGAGUAUCUGGCUAUGGUUGCAACCGUCGAUCACUCGCAGACGCGAUACUUCAGUUACGUUUCGCUAUAUCACAAUCAUGAAGAGCUCGGCGAGCAACUCUGCGAGGGUGUGAGAAAGGCAGUGCAUGCGUAUCGCGUCUUUAACAAAGCCCUGCCCAUGUAUCUCCUAAUUUAUCGUGACGGUGUCAGCGAUGGUCAGCUAUCGCAAGUUAAUGAAUAUGAAGUAGAAAGCUUGAAAAAGAAGCUCGAGGAGCUCUACUACGGGCCGCAUUUCAAGAUGACAUUUAUAGUCGUAUCCAAGAACAAUACUCGACUUUUCCUUAACAGACGUAAUCCACCGACCGGUACGAUUGUUGACGACGUUGUGACUUGUCCGUUUAAGUAUGAUUUUUUCCUUGUGUCGCAACAAGUAAGACAAGGCACAAUUUCGCCUACCGCGUAUAACGUUAUUUCGGAUAAUAGCGGCUUGCAUCCAGACGUGAUGCAAAUUGUGACCUUUAAAUUAACUCAUAUGUAUUACAAUUGCUCAAGCACCGUGCGUGCACCGGCGCCUUGCCAUUAUGCGAAAAAGUUUUCGUCCUUAGUGGGACGGGUCCUUCAUCGACCUCCGGGUUCACAGCUACAAAAUCAGUUAUUCUUUUUGUAAAGAACUUCCUUAAUACUUGUCUCGGAUAAAACAAACGUGAAAAUGUUUAAUUUAAAUUUCUUUAUAUUUCUUAGAUAUUAAUAAGUUCUUGAUUUAAUUUUUCUGUUCAGACAAUCAAUACUAUUAAGAUAUUUUAUUGUUUAUCUUACUACCAAAGACUCAUUUUAUUGCGAAAGACUUUCAAAAAAACAUAUCAAUAUUUUUCAUACAAUUAAAAAUCAAAAUUGUUUGAUUUUUUAUUGAGUUAUCAAUAUUGAUAUUACUCAAACUGAAGAGUAUAUCAAUAUGACAUUCUAUGAAAAUGUGCAUGACUGGUUUUAUAUAGAAUGGUACAUUUUUUUCGUUUCUUUUCUUUUGGUCUUAUGUUUUUUUGUGAUAUUUUUUGCAAUAUUUACUUAAUUUUAGUAACAAUUAACACAAUGCAGAAGUAAUCAAAUAAUUAAUAUGCUUUUACUAAAAAUAUCUUUAUGAAUCAAUUUUGAUAAUAUUAAUAUUAUUUCAUAAUGAUUUAUCUGUUGCAAUUUUAUUUUAUAUUUUGAGAGAUAUUUCUUAUAUUAAUUUUUAUUUUAUCAGUUUCUGCAAUUGCGAUACAAAUGACAAUAUUAGAUAAGUUGUUAUUUUUACAAAUUUACGUAAAACAAUUUUUUUUUUCAUAAAUUUAUGUGUGAGUUAUGUAGUUGCGUUUCUAUUAUGUUUAACAUGAAUGUAUCUUUUGUUCUCUUAACAAGAAUAACGUUAGUAAGGUUAAAAUAAAAAAUAAAAUUGCAACACAUAAGCAAGAUCAUAUAAAUACAUUAUGGAACUUGAAGAAUUUGCGAGUCUCCAACUGGAUAAACCGUUACCUGAUUUAAGAGUAUGCCAUAAUAUUUACCAUUGUUUUCAAUUUUUGGUUGUAUGUAUAUACAAAUUUUGUCCGUUAAAAACAAAUUUACCAUUAAAAAACUUUCUUUAUAUAUUAAUAUGAAUUAAUAAAUGUUGGUGUCAUUUUGUUGUCAUUUCAA